AGUCACGUGUACGGCGCGCCGUCCCAUUGGCUGAUGUGUCUGCUGCUCCCGGCAGCAGGACCGCCCCUUGCCCCAGACGUGAUGGGGUGGUGACGUUCGGGGAUGUUGUUUCUGCUGGAGUUGCGGCGGAGAGGAGGACACCGGCUGUGCAGGUCCCCUGUACCACCCUACAAGACCAGCGGGAGGAGCAUGUUCAGGGACCAGAUUUUAUAUUCUGGUCUGUGAGCUGAUUGCUGAGGCUGUGUGACCAGGAACAGUGCUCAUUCACAGAAGUCAGCUGUAACAGCUUGCUCUAUUCUCCUCCCUCCUUCCUCUACUGGUCUUGUGAUCAGACCGUGCAGGAAGCAGAACAUACAGCACAUCAACUGAAUUUUGUCACUGCAACCAUCUCCUGGAUGCCUUUAUUAGAUAUCCUGUAUGGAGGCUGCACACCCUAUCAAACUAUGCACCUGAACAAAAGUCAAUCUACUUUACAUUGUAAAGUCUUGAUACACUACUGAGUGAUGACAGGAAGUGAAAGAAGAAGAAAAUAAAUUGGGAGACCUUUCUUUAUAACAAUGGCAGGCAAGUCGUCUUUGCUAAAAGUAAUCCUUUUGGGAGAUGGUGGAGUCGGAAAGAGUUCUCUCAUGAAUCGCUACGUUACCAACAAAUUUGACACCCAGUUAUUUCACACCAUAGGAGUUGAGUUUUUGAAUAAGGAACUGGAGGUGGACAAUCAUUCAGUGACCAUGCAGAUAUGGGAUACUGCGGGCCAAGAACGUUUCAGGAGCCUGAGGACCCCUUUCUAUAGGGGAUCUGACUGUUGCCUGCUGACAUUCAGUGUUGAUGACUCUCAGAGUUUUCAAAACCUCAACAACUGGAAGAAAGAAUUUGUCUACUAUGCGGAUGUUAAAGAUCCAGAACAUUUCCCAUUUGUGGUUUUGGGAAACAAAAUAGACAUCAAUGAGCGUCAAGUCUCAACAGAAGAAGCUGAGGGUUGGUGCAGAGACAAUGGGAACCAUCCCUAUUUUGAGACAAGUGCUAAGGAUGCCACUAAUGUUUCGGCAGCAUUUGAAGAAGCUGUCAGAAGAGUUUUGGCUAUUGAAGAUCGAACAGAUCAACUGAUCCAUAAUGAUACAGUGAAUCUACAUAGAAAGCCCAAAUCCAGUUCAACCUGCUGUUGACUUUUAUUUAUGGGAAGUCCGCUUCUAACACCUUCAGUAUGAGCUGGACUUUUUCACCAUAUAGGUCUACUAUGUAUUCAUCAGUAGGCCUGGGUUGCUUCACUGGAAAAGAACAAGUGAUGAGUAGUCAUUUAAUGAAACUUCGCUAUGGAAAAGCCAUAGGCCUCACAAAGACUUUACCCUUGUGGUGCCAGGAUAUGUACCACACAGUGCGUACGGUUUCCUUGGUAAAUGUGCUUAUUAAUACAACUAACAAUAAUUUACUAUACUGAGACACAGAGGAAGACUAUAAAUUUAAAACUUCAUGUUGUAUGACUGAUUACAUGAAUGACAAAUAUGAGAAAAUAAUAGACCUAUAAUAAUUAUGUUUGUGACCAUUUUUCCUUUUAGACUGUGCCCAGUUGCAACUGAUAAAUACAGAGUUCAAUAACUGAUAACAGUGAAAGAUACCGACUUUAAAUGUGAUCACUUUGUUUUGAUCUGUAAUCGGUGUUUGUUUUUCAUCACUUAUUGCAUUUAGUAUUGUUAUAUUUGUACCUGAGACUGUUUGUUCUUUUUGUUUUUUUAUUCUAAUAUCUAAAAUCGGGUGUAGACAAUACAGAACUGAGAAGCCCUAGUCAGUACAGUCUAGCAGCAUUUGUAUGAAGUCAAUUAACAUGCACUUCAUUGAGAGCUCGAAAGGCUGUAAGAUGGCAGCUGUAGAAGUUUAUAAGCUACCGGGCUUCUGGAAUUUAUCUGGCCCUGCCAGGAAUGAGAAAUCGUGAAUAUGCAUAAUAUACCCUUGCCUACGAUGAGAAAAAAAAUAUAUUUUGGAGCUAUGAUCAGUGUCUGAUAACAUAAAAUUAAGUUUAUGAACAAGCAAUGAGCUAUAUUUAAAAACAAAUUUAUUUUUUGGGGGCAAGGGAGUAGGGGUUGACUUUGGGCCGCUGUAUCUCAGCCUUUGUAAUUUCCUGCGGAAAAUUGUGAAACCUGUAUCCUCGAACAACGCUGAUAAGAAGUUGGGUAUCUUGGAUACAUGAUACUUCAAGUGUUAUUAAAGGCAAUGUUGUAUAUAUUUUUUUUAAAUAACAUGUUAUAUUUGCCUGCUCUGUGCAAUGGUUUUGCACAGAGCAGCUCAGAUUCUUCUCUUUGAGGGUCCCCAUGCCGGCACUAGUGCCCCCAGAGCAAGCAGCUUGCCCCCAGCAGACUCGCUCCCGAGCAGCUGCUCUGCGUGUCCAUUCACACACAGAGCCUCGGCUCCACUCCUUCUCUGUCCCCAUUGGCUUACUGGCUGUGCUUGACAGUAGCUGUCUCAUACAGUGAGGGAGAGUCCCUAGCGAGCCAAGGCUCCUGUGCACAUCGGUGAGGUACAGAUAAGUAUUGGGGGGAGUUGCUGCACAUAGGUGUGUGUUUUGUUUUUUUAACCUUUGUGCAUAGAAUGCAUGAGGGUAAAAAAACUUGAGCCUUUAGAACCACUUUCAGCAAAUACCUUGUUCACAUACAACUAAUAGCCAUAAAAAUAAAAUUUUGCCCUGUUAGGAUCUAAUAAAAAAUCAUGGACUUUUUCCUUUACAUUUUCAGAGGAUGUCGUUUAAGGAUCAGCAAUCAUGGUCCGCAAGCUACUGAUCUUUAGUCUGGACCAAGAGCUGCCUUUUGAUAGCUCUGUUUUGCUGUGAUCACCCUCCUAAACGUUGGCUGCCUAGUGACGCAUACAUACAACGCAUGGGUGUUAAUGCCCACCCUUUUGCCACUGCACAUGUGUUGGGUGGUAGUAAAGGAGUAAAGCAUGGGUCCUUAGGACAGAGCCUUUUGCCAUAUUUAUGCCCCAGAGUGUAUAACGUGCUUAUACUCUCCUCUUUAAAUAAUAUUAUUUUGUCCACUAUAGUACCAGGGUAGUUUUGUUUCAAGUUAACAGUUGGUUUACAAAGUAAACCUUUAGACAAAAGCCUCAUUUUAAAAAAGGUUACAUCCAAAUAAAUUGAUUCAGUUCAGACUAGCUCUUGGCAACUGUGAGAACAUGAGUUUUUCUCUGUACUAGUUUCAUCACAAUUACACUAGCACAGUAUAGCUCAUUCUGUCUAAUGAAGAGUAAAGGUCUCAGGUGCCUGCUACUAGAAUUCUGUGCAUAAAUAGUUGCAAGAUCGAAGACGGGCAGAUGCUAAUAGGCGGAAGAAUCUCCAUAGGGAUAAUAAACUGGCACAUAACCCAACCUGUGAGUUUCUGCUUCGGACAUGUCAAUCUAGUUGGAAGGGCAUCACCCUUUUGAUCAGUUGUUGUACAAUUUAAGAAUUAAGCAUUUUUUUGACACUGCAGUAUCUUAAAGUGAACCUGUACUUUGCUAAAGAAGGACAAAAUGGGGUUACUUUAGUGUUCCUCCUAUACACUCCCUUUCUUGCUUCCUUACUGCUUUGAUUGGCCACCCAGAACAAAGAAAAAAAAUUCAGGUACGGUGAGCAUGUGUCUUCCCCCUCCACUCCUUUUUAUGUAGUGACUAGUUGAUAGGCACCAAUGGAGUCAAAGGAGCAAAGAAAAUUAUUAGUGCUGUGUAAGCUAUGACCAGAACAACUUAAUUACUUAAAGGUCGUCUUCUCCUCAUUCUUGUGGGCAAUGAAGAGGUACCUGUUAGCAACUCGGAAGGUGGAGGUGAAUCUGUUACUUUGCCGUGCAUAGGCAAAUCCCUUUAACUCUGUUUUCUGUGUUCACACUUCUGUAACUUUUUUUUUUAUUUUUAACAUUUUGCAUCAUCCAAGCAGGUGCAAAUUGGCGGAAUCUUCUUAAUCUGCACCCUGUACAAUAUGCAGCCUAUUUGUUCUAAACGGCAUUGUCAUCAGUUAUGUAAAUUUUGACUUUUUCUCAAAACUCCUCAGCUAAGCCCUCGUGUCUAACCACUACCCUAGGGAUGAUGACAUGUUUACUGCCCCAUAGAGGGCACAGUCAAAGGAAGGCCAGACAUGUCUUAGGUGUGUGAACUCUGAUUGGCAGCCUGGUUUUUCCUUUGCUUUGUAAGUGGCAAGAUGGCAGCACAACCCAGUUGGGGAAAAACUUGUUAUUUCAGGUACAUAGUUUUUGUUCAGCGAUAGCUUUAUAAAAAAAAUAAUUCAUAUUUGGCAGCAAGUUUUUUAAAACAUUGUCAAAGAAAAUUGUUGCUACUAAAUAUACAGGCAUUACUGUCCCAGUAAUGCCUGGUAAUGACAAUGGGGAGUAAGGAGAAUCUGCCAAAUAGAAACUGAGUUUCUCAGACUCCCCCCCCAAAAUAUAAAAAAAAAAUGUUGACUAUAGCUUUCACCUUAAAUACAUGAUUCCUGUUCUAUUAGCAUUUUAUAGGACAGAUAUUCGGAAUAAUGAUGACCUGGUCUAAUCAAAAUAUCCCUUGAUAAUGACUGCUCCACAGCAACCAGUCAGUUUGUGAUCUGCCGUGGAAAAUUUACAAUUGAAGAAUUAAAGUUUAAAAUCGUAAUAAUCGUGUCAGGAAAACAAAGUGUGUAAAAAAAACUAUACUUGUAUGUCACAUUCACUAAGCUAUAGUGAUUCUUCUAUGAAAUUGUGACCAUAAUUUGGGAAAAGAGAGCUAAAUGAUAAGUCCCAAGCCUAAAAAUAAUAGUUUGUGGUGGUAACAUGCAUUUAUAAUUAUGGCCUACUCAAUUGAGCCCAUUGAAGUAUUGUAUUAUGCAGAAAAAGGAGAAAUAGCCAGAUUUAUUGUGUAAAACAAAUGUAAGAUUUAAAAAUAAUAACUUGAAUGUGUAAAAAGCACUACUUGAGAAGGCGUUUUAACAAAUAAAUGUUUGGAUUUAUUUUUUUUAUGAUAGUCUGCAUUCCAUUGGUUUACAAAUUGACUUGCUAAUUUAAAGAUAUUUAGCAUUUUUUUUUAAUUUUACAGGUACUUUUUUGUUUUCAGGCUUUCCUUUCUAAUGGAAAUGAACAGUUCGCUUAGGGUCCUAAUCCUAUAAAUGUGGAAGCUGCCGAUUUGGAAAUUUGUAUUCGGUGAUGUGCUAAUUUUUAAGUUUGAGAAAAAUGUUUGCAUUAUGUAUGUUUUGUAGAUUUGUCAAAUCAAUCGUUCUAAUUGCCUUCACCACUGCUGAUUAUACAGUUCCUGAGAUGCUAACAAUAAAGCACUAGGUAUUUAACAUUUAA